UUCAACACCCGUUUUCUCCAUUUCCGAUUAAACUUAAUCGGCCGAUUAUUCCAUUGGAAUUGCCAGUCGCAUUAAUCGUUUAGCAAAAUGGACCAAUCACGACUGAUUAAGUUAAUCGGAGAUGAUGAAAACGGGUGUGAGUGUAGUUUGACGAAUCAUGUUGGCCGAUUAACGGAUUUAAAAGGUCUAUUGACUUACACAGAUUUAUCUAUAUAUACAAUUUAUUUAUAAACAGCUUACUCCAAGUUGAGCAAAGUACAAAAUGUUGCUUUCAAGAUUAUAUCGUGUUGUUAACUACAGCAAAAUUAUAUAUCGAAGAACUAUUUUAUAUAAAAGUUUUCGUCCGUUAUAUCAGCACAAAAAUAAUAUACAAUUUGGCAGAGAUCUGUCAAUAACAUUUCCUUUAUUUACUGUAAUGGGAGUGUGGGGUUUUAUAACACCUAAAAGUGAGGACAAAACAAAUGGUGCAAAAGAAGUUCUUCUUGCCAGAGCUGAUGCACUAUUUGAUCAAGGAGAUUACAUCACUGUGUACAAUCUUUUAUAUAACCAUAAAGACAGCGAAGAUGUUGAAAUCUUGUGGCGUUUGUGCAGGGCCAUUUAUAAAAUGUCUGAAACAGCUUCUGACGUUGAAGCAAAAAAGAUGAUUUAUGAAGGAUAUGAUUUGAUAUGUAAAGCCCUUGACAUAAAAGAAGACCACUAUGCCGUCCAAAAAUGGAUGUCUUUAUUUCUUAACAGUAAAGGCACUCUUGAAGGCGUAAAAGCUCAUACAAAAGAAUUGUACAAUAUUAAAAAACAUUUGAUGAGAUCAACAGAAUUAAACCCGAAUGACGCAACAACACUUUACAUGCUCGGAUGCUGGUGUUAUGAGAUUACGAAUCUACCAUGGUAUCAGCGAAAAAUAGCUUCUGUUAUAUUUCAAGAACCGCCAACUUCGACGUUUGAAGAAGCAUUAACUUACUAUAAAAAUGCUGAGAAAGUUGAUCCGAAUUUUUACAGUCGCAACCUAUUAAUGUUAGGAAAAACAUAUCUGAAAUUAAAUCGUAAAGCGGAAGCUAUAGAAUACUUAAAAAAAGCUGCUGAGUUUCCUGCAAAAAAUGACGAUGAUCAGCAAGCAAAGCAAGAAGCGCAGAAAAUAUUGAACAGUAUUUAAAAACUAAAAAGUAUGAAAGAUAUAUAUUGUGCACGAAAAAAUACGAAAAUUUAUAAACGUGAUUUUGAAGUUUGAACUAUGGAACACUCAAGGUGGCAAACAUCACGGGGCAAUAAAAAAACAAACACUUUUUCUCGUAUAAUCUACUGUACUGCAUGAUUAAGACUGGUAUUCAAAUCUUAUGUUUAAAUCAUUUUAAAUUGAUCUUCCGAUGUUCUGCAACCAAUAAAACAACUCCAUCUCUGAAGAUAAACUUAAAACGAUUUUAAAUAAAAAACUGGAUUAUGAAUAUUGGUCUAAGCAAGGUUUUGCUAUGUAUUUAACAUUUUAUUGAACAUUGUAUGUGUUUCAUACAUAGAUUAGAUGUGUUUAGAAUCCACAUCUACUUGUAUAUAUAUAUAU